AUGGCUUCCAUUCCCAGCACUAUGAAAGGCGUAAUCAUUGAAAAGACAGGUGGUACCGACGUCCUGCAAUACAAGACCGAUAUCCCAGUUCCACAGCCCAAGGAUGGCGAGAUCCUAGUCAAGAACGAUUUCAUAGGAAUCAACUACAUCGACACAUACUUCCGCACUGGUCUCUAUCCAGCUCCCAAGUUCCCUUAUAUCCUCGGCCGCGAAGCUGAAGGAACCAUUGUCAAGACCGGCGGCGGGGAAACACUCGGUUUGAAGGAUGGCGACAAAGUAGUCUGGCUGGCGGAAGGUGCGUACGCAGAAUACACUGUGGCUCCCGCUGCCAAAGCUGUGAAAGUGCSCAGCGAUAUGGACCCGAAAAUCGGUGCUGCGGCUCUGCUUCAAGGACUCACAGCUUUGACUCUGGUUCGGGAAGCUCAUGCUGUGAAGAAAGGCGACUGGGUGCUCGUUCAGGCCGCAGCAGGUGGUACAGGUCUUUGGUUAUGCCAGCUGCUCAAAUCUAUCGGGGCGAAUGUGAUUGGAACUGCGAGUACUCAGGAGAAGGUGGAUCUUGCGAAAAAGGCUGGAGCUACUCACAUGAUCAACUACUCCCAUGAGGACGUCAAGAGUAAAGUGGACGAACUCACGGGCAAAAAGGGAGUUAUUGCUGUCUUUGAUGGAGUUGGCAAGUCGACUUUCGACACUAGUCUGGAUGUUCUGGCAAGGAAGGGCUCUAUGAUUUCCUUUGGGAAUGCUUCUGGAGCAGUACCGCCAGUGACGAUUGCGAGAUUGAGUGCAAAGAACGCUAGACUGAUGAGGCCGACCUUGUUCAACUACAUUGCGGAGCGGAGCGAGUUCGAGCACUACGUCAAGGAGCUGUUUGACUUUGUGCUGAAGGAUAAGCUGGAUGUCAGAAUCCAUGAGGUGUAUCCGUUGAGCGAGGUGGCGAGGGCACACAAUGAUCUAGAGGGGCGCAAGACCACGGGAAAGCUUUUGCUGGAUCCGUCAAAGUAG